AAUAAUCAUAGAAAAUUAUUCUUAUGUGUUUUUUUUGGUAUUGUAUGGUCAACUGGGUUUUCGUUCUGUCGUGUUGCGCUGGCUGGCUGGAGGAUUUUCUCGCACUGUUCCAUAUUUAGUCAAUAAAAAUCGCAUGUUUUAGGUGAAAAAGUGUCCAUAGAACGAAAAGGAGUGUACAGGAUGUCCGGCUUUAACGACAAUAUCUUCGGGGGGCAGAUAGACAAUCCGUUUGCGGAUCCGUCAGUUCAACAAGUGACCCACAGCACAACGAAUACGCAGCGGGGACUUGAGGAUUACAAUCCCUUCGAAGACGACAAUCCACCGAGGCAGCCCCAGCGGCCCGUUCAAAUAGGCCAGCCGGCCAUUGUUCAGCCCACAAAUGAGGCCACCUCAGCCUACUCACAGUACCCCCAGCCUCAGAUUACCACAGAGGACUUGCAGCGGCGGCAGGAGGAGCUGGAACGGAAGGCUGCAGAGCUGGAGAGACGAGAGCGAGAAUUGCGCUCGAACACAGAACCCGUACGUCGGAAUAAUUGGCCACCGUUGCCGGAAAAGUGCUGCUUCCAGCCAUGCUUUUACCAUGAGAUUCAAGUGGACAUCCCCUCAGAGUUCCAAAGAGUCGUCAGACAUUUAUAUUAUGUGUGGAUAAUGUACGCGGGCGUGAUGUGUGUGAACAUUAUCGGAGCAAUGGUGCUCAUGUUUCACGCAAAGGAUUUUUCAACAUUCGGACUAUCCAUCCUCUUUGCAUUCCUCUUCACGCCAGCCUCUUGGCUCUGCUGGUACCGUCCUGCUUACAAGGCUUUCCGCAAUGACUCCAGCUUCAACUUUAUGGUCUUCUUCUUUGUCUUCUUCUUCCAAAUGGUCAUCACCAUAAUACAGACCAUUGGAAUUCCCGGAAUGGGAACUUGUGGCUUCAUUAUGGCCCUCAGUCAGUUUGAUAGUUCAGUCGGUGGGAUAUUUGUUGGCCUCUUCCUACUUCUCAUUGCAAUUGGAUUUGGUACAUGUGCCGCUGGGGAUGUUAUGAUGCUUACCAAGAUUCACUCAAUUUAUCGCAGUUCCGGGGCAAGCUUUGCAAAGGCUCAAGCUGAAUUUACAACGGAAUUCAUGCGCAAUCCACACGUCCAGCAAGCUGCCACGAAUGCCGCAACAGCUGCUGUGAGUUCUCAAAUCAACAAUAGAUAUUGAUAAAGAGCCUGCAUCCCCUUUUUCGCCUUCGCCACAUCAUUGUCUCAACGAUUUAACUUGAAAGGAGAGAAGCACCAGAGAGGCAUUAUUUCGUUGUGGAGUUGUAUUUCACUCUUUUUCCCCCCUCAUCCACCACACAUGGGGAACAAAGAUGGUGAGCGAAAGGAGGAGUGUGCAAAAAAGAAACAGUCAGUGAAUUAUUUAUUAAUUUUUAUCUUAUCCCACUUUAAUAUUACCUACCUAAUGCAUAAAAAAACAAAUUCUUUGGUUUUUCAUUAUACGUUUAAAAUCCAUUGAGAGUUGGGAAUUUAGUUAGAACGUGCGAGGUAGGAUGACGAUAGAAUUCAUUGUUCUUUUUGUUUUCUUUCCUCAAAGAAGGGAGAAAAUGUUUGAUAAAUUCUAUGCUACAAAAUGCAACACUAUCAUUAGAUGUUCUUAUUAAUAAUCCAAAUCGACUUAUUUGUAAGAGAUGGGUGUCCAUUGAGCUCUUGUAAUGCGCUAAUGUAAUAAAUAAAGAAAAAAAAAUACUACAAAUCAGGUAAAUUAUUAAGGUACCAUAUAAGAUAAAAAAAAAAUUAAUAGCACGUCCACAGAAAAUUAUUAUCUAAAAAAAUGAGAGAAUUAAAAAAAAUGAUUUCCCUUCAGGAAUUUAUCUCUGUGUAUGUAAUAUUAUUAAAUAAAUAAAAAAACAAUGCGUUAGAAAAAAAGAAUUGUGGUAUAAAAGUACAUAAUCUACAUAAGUAUAUGUUGCAAUAAUACUGCAGACGAAAAUAAUCCUCUUUUAAAUGUUUAUCAAGUAAAAUGAGACAAAAUAAAUAAAUUUAUCAAUUAA